AUGGAACCGCCACCACCAGCAGCACCAGCCCCACGGCAGCCGCCAGCCAUCAACUAUGUGCUGGGGUUCCUCAUGGUCGGGCUGGCCUGGGGCCUGACGACGCCCUUCAUCCGGCGGGCAGCCAAGGAGCACCGCCCAGGCGCGCACCAGCUGCUCGAGUCGGACGCCGUCAGGAACAGCUGGGUCCGGAGCAAGCUGUUCGGCGCCCUAUUCGCCGUCGUCGACCUCCUGCGCAACCCGCGCUAUGCGGUCCCGCUACUGUUGAACCUGACGGGUAGCGUGUGGUUCUUCCUGUUGAUUGGCAAGGCAGAGCUGAGUCUCACCGUGCCGAUUGUCAACACCUUGGCCUUUCUGUUCACCGUCAUUGGUGAGUGGUGGCUUGAGAGGAAAGUCAUUAGUCGAGAUACGUGGAUUGGAAUGACUCUGUCUCUUGGCGGUAUUGCGCUAUGUGUUCACAGCAAGAAUAAUUAG